UUAACCCUUUUCUCUCUUUCUAAAGUUUCCCCUCCUUUCUCUCUCCUCUUUUUAUUCCUCUACACAAUCUAGCAAGAUAAAGUGAAAACCCAAAAGAAUCCGGGGAACAAUAAAUAAAUAAUUAAAUAAAAAUGGGUUAGCUUUAUCGCUUACAGAAACCAAAAGGAACAAGAGAAAACCCUAGAUUUGGGGAACCUUAGGUUCAUUUGCGUUAUUCCACCUAUGAAUCGGCGGUAACGGAAAACAGAUGUAUAGAGGAGAGAGAGCAGCCGGUGGGUCCAAGGGAGAGGUGGGGUCGGUGGAUCGGAAGCGGAUCAACGAGGCGCUUGAUAAGCAACUGGAACGAUUGUCGCCGUCCACUUCGAGAGGGAUCAGCAGCAAGGAUAAGUCAUCACAGUCGUCCCAAAUGGAGAAGCAUCAACCUGACCACUAUCGUGAUUCUCGCUCUGCGUCUCUACCUAAAGCAAAAACCUCGGGUGAUGAAUCUGAAACUGACAGUGAAGAGUCGAAUGUUAGUGGUUCUGAUGGGGAUGACACGUCUUGGAUCUCUUGGUUUUGCAACCUACGUGGAAAUGAAUUCUUUUGCGAAGUUGAUGAUGACUACAUACAAGAUGAUUUUAACCUUUGUGGGCUAAGCGGCCAAGUUCCUUAUUAUGAUUAUGCACUUGAUUUGAUUUUGGAUGUUGAAUCUUCUCACGGAGAUAUGUUUACGGAGGAGCAAAAUGAGUUAGUUGAGUCUGCGGCAGAGAUGCUUUAUGGUCUGAUUCAUUCCCGGUACAUAUUGACAAGCAAAGGAAUUGCUGCUAUGCUAGACAAGUACAGGAACUAUGAUUUUGGAAGAUGCCCUAGAGUUUACUGCUGUGGACAACCUUGUCUUCCAGUUGGUCAAUCAGACAUUCCUCGGUCAAGCACCGUAAAAGUAUACUGCCCUAGAUGUGAAGAUAUCUACUACCCUCGCUCCAAGUACCAAGGCAACACUGACGGAGCCUACUUCGGGACAACAUUUCCAAACCUGUUUUUGAUGACAUACCAGCACCUGAAGCCACAAAAAGCAUCUCAGAGCUAUGUUCCAAGAGUAUUUGGGUUUAAGAUCCACAAGCCAUGAUACAAUACUUGGAUUAACGCACCCUUUUGGGCAAUAGUUCUCCCUUUUGCGUAUCUUCUAUUUCUGAAGUAAUGCUUUUGGAUGAUCGGUGUAGUCCUCUUCAUAUGUUUU